AAAUUACCCGGAGAUACAAACGGAUAAAUACAUCACUUUUCCACGGAGGAAACACCCCUUUCUUUUGAAUUAUAAAUGAUACCCAUGCCUGAUAUCGCUCAGGUACCUUAAUGCUAAAAAUUAGCGUCCGUAUUGUGUUUCUGUUUGUUUGUUUAUUUAGCUAGCUGCUAUCACGUCGCUAUCUGACUGCAGCCAACUGCUCUCCAAACACACCGCCUUUGUGGCUAUGAGUACGGAUUUACUAUCUGAUUUGGACACUCGUUUCUUCGCUGAUAACCUCCUGACAAGCGAAGAUUGGGAUGCCUGCCUGUACCAGUGUGAGAGCAUGGAGGAGGGAGAGGACGCCGACUUCAGCCGGGGGUUGAAAUACGAGCCAUCGUUUGACAACGACCUCGUGCUCACCCUCGAUCCUGACAACCCCACGUCGCCGUGGCGACACCUUGACGACAACCUUCUCACAGGAGAAGCGCCCGUGAUCAAAAAUGAAAUGACCAUCACUCAGCCGUUACCCGUGGAGAUGUUGUUCCAGGUGAAAGCAGAGCCUCCCUCUCCGGCGUCCUCGCUCGCGUCCGACUGCUCUGCGUCGUCUCCAGACCCACAGAUCACAGUUAAAGGUGAAAACCCUCCGACUCCUCCGUACAUGUACGGAGACGUGUUGUCCCCCCCGCUGGGCGCCAUGGAGGUCACCGUGGCAACAACAGCCGUACCCCGACCACAGACCGAGCUUCAGACGCCGUUACCAGCGCAGAUCCCGGCAGUCGUCAGUGGAAUACAGACGCAGGCUGCGGUUCUGCCGGGUUCGGCCACAUUAAAGGCCAGCACCAUCCUGAGCACCAAACCUGCCAUCCAGCCCAGACCGGUGUGUGUCACCACCGUCCCCCAGACCCCCGCGCCGGCCAAGACCCUCAUACUGCAGGGCCUCCCCUCCAUGGACCAGAGCAGACCUGUGGUCUUGUCUCAGUCCGUGUGUCUCGGUUCGGCUCCGGCCAUCGUCAAGAUGGAGCCCGUCUCUCCCAGCAUCCACCAGCACUGCACCAGCCCCACCGCUCCGCCCAGCAGCAAACCCAUCGUCCCGGCGACGACGGCGUUACCCGGCAACAACUCCAACGAUAUCGACAUGAAGGUGCUGAAGCGGCAGCAGAGGAUGAUAAAGAACCGGGAGUCGGCCUGCAUGUCAAGGAAGAAGAAGAAGGAGUACCUGCAGAACCUGGAGGCUCAGCUCCGGGAGGCCCAGCAGGAGAACGAACGUCUUCGCCGAGAGAACCAGACGCUGAGGGAGAGACUGGCCGGGAGAGAGGGCAGCGACUCGGCGAGUAACAAGAGAGCCGUGUGUGUCAUGGCCGUUCUGCUGUUCAUGACGUUCAGCUUCGGACCCGUCAGCAUCAUGGACAGGAAGCUGUCGGGCCUACAGGACGGUGUGGUGUCGUAUACGGGACGACGGCUGCUGGAGUUCGAACAACAACAACAACAACAACAACAUAAGCAGCAGCAGGCAGCAGCUCAGCCUCGGAGCAGAGUGGAGGACAGAACGGAGACGGAGGAGGACGCGGGAGACGAGGCUGCGGAGGCCUUUCAGUUCAGGAACCUGAGCGAUGUGUUCAGUGACAUGAAGGAUCUGGUGCUGCAGGACAUCGACCGAUACUUCAGCUCCUCGGACUGCAGACAGUUCAACCGCUCCGAGUCUCUCAGGCUGGCAGAUGAGCUGAGGGGUUGGGUCCACCGACACCAGAUCGACAGGAAGAAGUCUGGAGGAAAACCAAAAAUCGCCAAGAAGGCCAAAAUCGCCCAGAAAGCUCAGCUGAGGAAGACGAACUUCUCCAGAUAUCUGCCGAUUCAGGCUCACCGCUCCUUAGAAAGUCAGCUGCAGGUGCUUCCUGGUCCUGAGGUCACCUACAGCGACUUCAUGGACGCCAUCGACCGCCGAGAGGACACGUUCUACGUCGUCUCCUUCAGACGGGAUCACCUCUUGUUACCGGCCAUCAGCCACAAUAAGACCAGCCGGCCCAAAAUGUCUCUGGUGAUGCCGGCCAUGUCCGUGAACGAGAGUCUCUAUAACUCCUCUCAGGGUUACGAGAUGAUGAUGCAGGUCGACUGCGAGGUCAUGGACACCCGCAUCGUCCCCAUCAAGUCCUCGGCCGUCCCGCCGUCUCUCCGCGACCCGCCUCCCCCGCCCCCCUCCUCCCACCACAACCACCAUCACCACGGGAACCACACCUCGCUGCGAGGGCGCCACCACCACCAUCACCCCUCGCCCUCCUCUCCGUCUUCUUCUUCCUCUUCGGGUCAACCUUUGCCCGCCCGCCAACGGACAGCGGAAUAUUUAAUCAGCCAAUCAGAAGGGGUCUGAUGAGGCAAGAAGGGAAACGGGAAGAUUAGUUUGAUGGUUAAAGGAAACAUUCAAACCUUGGGACAGACAUCUUUUUAAAAAAACAUAUCUUCAUCAUCCCGCCGACAGGUAACAAAUACACAUCUUUUCUGUCUGGAAAAGUUUUCCGGAAACCCGAAAAUUCAAGAAAAACUCCACAAGCACUCAUAAAAGGAUUUGAAUUAGUAAUUCAAGUUGUUACCGUCACUAAACUCAACCUCCUCGUUCCGAUUCUGGGGUUGAAAACUUAAAAAAAAAGCUUCUAUAGAAGAUAAUGUCCUAAUAUAUAAGAAUAUAACGUUGGAUGCGGAGCCGGCAGCACAGCGCACUAAGAAAUAAUACUGCGUUUUAAUAUUUAAUUGUGAAAAGUGUACAGUUUGAAUGAAAGCGUGGAGGACCGGAAGCUGUCACAGCGGUUUCCGUCGGUGCUCAAGUGAUUUUUUUCGUCCUCUCGGAGCACGGUUUGUUGGUUUGUUUGAGUUUUUAAGCUCCGUGACAAUCUGUCACCGCCCGUCUCGGCGCUCAGCAUGUGGAAACUGGUUCGGCCUGACAGGUGGCGCUGCGGAGCUGCACCGUUUUUUAAAGCAUAGACUGUGUAAGUGAAGCCAGAACAUCUGGUGGCCGAUGGGACAAAAAAAAAAUCUACACGUCAAAUACAUUUCUCCCAAAGAUGAUUUCUGUCAUUUCCAUGAUCUCGCUGAUGUUUGUUCAAGUGUUCAUUUGUCUGAUCAGUUUGGUUUUUAUUAGUAUUUGAUGCUAUAAAAACACGGGGGAAACUUCGUGACUGACAGCUGGGAUUGACUCGUGAUUGGUCGGGCCCGGGUAUAUGGGCGGGACUUUGAUACUGCGGCUCCAGCGCCCAAUCACUACACCGCACAGAUUCUGGUUCCAAAAUUACAAGAUGGCAAGCGCAUGUAUCCGGGAUGUUUUGGCUCCACUUUUGUACAGCGGGAGGAAAUGGGAGACGCGUCCAGGCAUGG